GCGGUGGUUGGCCGGUGCAGAGGCCCGGGGCCAGGGCAGAGGGGCCGCGUGUUGUCACAGAUCAGAACGGGCCGGGGGCGGGCUCCCGGACCCGCUGUUCAGCCCAGUCAGGACUGAGCCGGGGAAGGUGCGGGCAGCAAAAACUGCGGCUCACGCCACGUUGUUUAGCUUCACGCGGACCCAGGCGGAGCUCCAGAGGGUCCCGCCCAGGCUAGGGCACCACCAGGGCAGAUGGCAUUCGGGUGGCAUGUGCUGAAGCCCUUUUGCCUGUGAGUUGGUUAUAUGGGAGCUAUUUGAAAUGGCAUCAGAAGGACAAAGCCAGGAAAGAGAGGAUCCAUCUGAGGAUCUUACAACCCAUUUCCGGGGCAACAGAACCUCACACUGGGGAGCCAUCCUCUCUGCAGUGAAAGACCAAAUCCCAUCUCUGGACUCUGACACCUCCGCGUCCGAUUGUGAUGAAGAUGGGGAGCUGUUCAUCUUCCAGCGAGAUCUACCCAAUCUGAUUCCUGACUUGUCGGAAGAACUGACAGAUCUUUCUCCAGGAGACCCAGACAUGCAGCAAAUAUUAGAAUCUGUGGGACACUCCAGAGAGACCUGGAAUGGAGACCUAGAAAGUUCAGAUCUUCAGAAAGAAAUGGAUGUUACCCAAGCUGUGGGAAGAGAAAAUGUACCAUUGGUAAGAGAUCAGACACCUGCUUUUGCUAACCUGACUGAAGAAAUUUCAAGCCAACAGAGAGCAGUCCUUGCAGAUCCUACAGAUCAAACUCUCAGAGGGAAAGAACUGGGCAAUGAAAAAGACAGGGAAACAGAAGGCUUUUGGACUAAUAAAGUACUGUCUAUGAAAGAGCCAUAUUUUUUAGAUGCAAACAACAGUCAAGAGCGACGAAAGAUGAUAGAAACAAAAAUACUCUCUAAGGUGACCUUAGAGGCACCAUCUGGAGAUGGAGGCAAGUCAGAGCUAAAAACAAAAUCACCAUUGGAGACUAUCAGUGACAAUCUAGAAAGAAUCACUAAAGCAGAAAAUGAGCAAGGAGCCACUUCAGCUGAACACCCUCGAGGGCUGAUGCUCUUUUCAUUGCAGGAUAUCGAGAAGUGGGAUCUAGACAAGAUUCUUGAGGACCUGGAGGAGCAGAAAGACAGUAGAACUCACUCAGAGGAGCCUGCUCUUCCUUCAAAGGAUCAUAAGGCCUUGAUUGCAAGAUCUCAAAGUAGGCUCAUGGAAAAGCUAGAAGAGUUGUGUGCCAAGCAGUCCAAGGCAUUGUCUCCACACCACAGGAAGCCAUUGGCCACACUUGCUCACUUUCAAGAACACCAAGGAGAUCAGAAAGAAGUCGUCUUCCCGCCACCUCCCCAGAGCUGUCGAAGUAUGGACAUGCCAGAACUGCAGUGUACAGCAGAGCCCCCAACAGUGUACAUUGAUUUACGAGACGCUAAACCACACAGAUCAGCGUUACCAUCCGUUGAAAAUCAAAGCUUGAAUGACAGCUCCACUGAAGAUGAGGAGGAUACAACAGUUAAGGACGAACAGAAAACAAAGGAGAGAAUGGAAGAUUCUUCCCAAGGACCAUGGGAUUGCACUGGGAAAAGCCUGCUGUUGCAGCAACUCCGUAACUUCCGUAAAGAAGCAUCUCAGCCUCUUGCUAAUGAGGCCUCUAAGCAGGUGCUAAGAGAUGAAGGAGCGAGUCAGGAUCUUGAGAGCCCAGAAGAGAUGGGCACCCUGAAAAUCAGGAGAAAACGCUAUCUAAGAGUGAGAGGGGAAGCAAAUAAGGUGACUUCCAGGUGGCUGGUGCGCUCAGACUCUCAGAGGGGAAGUCCUGCCUUGCCAAACCAUGUGAAACAUGGAGCUGAUCCUUCAAGGGAAAACCAGAAGGAGACUGAAGACACUCUACGUUCAGGAAGUGCUCCAGAGACCCCUCUAAAUAAAGCAGCAGAAUCCUCAAGGGCAGAAGAAAGCUUGAGAGAGCUGUCCCUAAAGGAAAAGCAGAUGAAAGAGAAGCACAGGAGGCAGAGACUCCAGGAGCAGCUGGAGCGAUUGCAGCCUCAACACUCGGUCACUGGAAAGCAGCCCAUGGCAGAGAAAACUCCUGUUUUGUUUCACCUGGAAGCGUCUUAUUUGCCAGCUAUUAACACAUUGCCUAGUGCAGACAGUGCUAACGGUGAGAAGCUUCUCAUGACGAUUUGGCUCGCCAGUUGUGGACAAGUAGCCACGUGUGGUCAGCACAGUGGACGCUUCCCAGACACUGUCUUGACAGCAGCCAGCAUCUACCAGGCUCUUGUUACCUGGCUUCUCUCCCUGACAAUGACUGACCCAAACAAGGUAAAAUCAUGCCCCGAUCCAGCUCAGCUUGAAGUGAUUGGAGAGAAUCCCAUUGAGGUACCUCCCUCGAAAGUGAAAGGUGGGCGCAAAGCCCCGUUUCAGGUGUUGGGUCUGCAGCAGGUCUGGCGAGAGGAUGGGCUGGCACUCUACGCUUGCCUAAUUCCAGCAGAGGAAUCUCCGGCACAGAACAGCACCAAGAUCCGGAAGCAUAAAGCUAAGGAAGCUCUUCGAGGAACAUCCAUUUUUUACCAGCAGAUGUCUACGUACCUCUCCCAUACAUGGCUUCCAAAUGUUAUCUGGUGGAGCAGAGAACUGACCAGUCGCCUCCAGAACCAGCUAUACCCACUCCUUCCAGAGAUUCCCGCUGUACGGCUCAACUGCAUCACCGCUAUUAACCCUGACCCUAAGGCAGUGGAGAAAGCAUUUGCAAUGCCAGCUGGAUUCUACUGGCAGACAGUAGAGACUGAUGAAAAAUACUUCCCUAACAGUAGUGACAUUGGGGCCAGUGCAGAUAUAGACACUGAGGUUGCUGUGGCGUUGCUGUUUGAAACCCUACUCCGAACUCCUUUGGCUGUCCAUCACAUGUUACAGCUGAUCCUCAGCUCUGGUUUGGAUAUCUGUGGGCUCCGCCUGCUCUAUCCCCAGCACAGCGUGCUGCUCGCUAGCACAGGGCCCUUGGACACUGGUGCACCUCAAUCCCUCCUAUUCUCUGCAUGUGGCACACAACAAAUUCUGCAUUUUGACAAACUGCCUUCUGCUUAUGCUCCAGAGGCUGGCAAGGCUCCACCUGUGCUGGCUUUAGGCUUGAGAGGGCCAAAAGCACGUAGCACCUUACAAGAUAUCAUAGGGCCCUCAGAUCCACAGCUGGCCAGCAUGACAGACUGCGGCUCCAUCAAUGCCAUCUACUGCAGGAGCCAAGCCGAGCCCCUCGCCUAUCUGCCCCACACAGACAGCCGUGUGCACAGGGAGCUGUGCCUCUUGUUCGGAGGGAGAGCAUGCUGUGACGAGGUGCUUCAUGUUGGUGUCCAGAAUCCUGCCUGCAAAUAUAACAAAUCAAGACCUCAGAGUCCUUCAUCUAAUAGAGCAAAUGCUGACCAAGAGAGGGCCGAUCUCCAGGACAUGGCACUGUCCAGACCUCCGGCAACACUGGUCUCGACCACCAAAGGGGAUGUCAUUUUGGUCGUGUCACCUGCUGUGCCUCCUCAUGCAUAUGGGGAUGUGAUUUCAACCUGUACUCAGAGAGGCUUUACUCUGCAGGGAAUCAAGCAGCUGCGACUUUCUCCCAAGCGAGCCAUCAUGCUCAGCAUGACAACAAGUCAGAUGGCUGUAUUUUGCCCUAACAAGACUUCAAGUUCCCCUGAUAGGAGAUCCUCAAGAGAAGAACUUCCUGCUGAGCCACGCUUGCACUGUCUGAUUUUACUGCUGAGAAAGGAGAAUGCUGGCCAUCAUGUUCCUGCAUUCGUGAAAGGGCUGAUGAAUGAACUGGCAGAACGAGGCCUCCUUGGGGAGGUACGAAGCAACUUGCCUCCCAGUGCUGAACUGGAACCUGCAUUGUGUAUUCACGUGGCUCCCUAUACUGACAGCUUGUUGCAGACACUGGGAGGCAAUCUCAGUGCAGUGCCAGACUCAUGUAAUGUUCCUCUGGAUCUUUUAUGCCACCGAACCUACGCCUUGGAUCCUGAAAUGGAACAAGUUGUCAUCCUGACACUGAUUGGAAAGGAAGCCAUGAAGAGUGCUGGCCAUCUUCUUUGCCAAAUCCUUCACCCUGGCUUCCAGAAGCAAGCUCAAAACCCAGAAGGACUUGACCCAGGGUUUGAGCUUCUGAGCCUCAAGUGGUUGCCCCAUCUCACUCGGAGUCAGGCCAAAGAAGUAACCCCUUUCGAGGUGGGAGAUACCUCCUGGCAAAGAAGCAUCAAUAUGCUGAUGUCCAGCCCAGCUCUCAUCUGUGCACUUCGGAGGGUCAAUGCCUUUGGGGUUCUUGCUGAGACCCUGAAGAAGCUGACGCUGCUGGGAGACAAGCCAAGCACUAACACCAGUGACCUUCAGAGAGUGAUGGCCUUGACCCCAGAGAUGGCCUUCAGGCAGGCAGUCCUCUUCUUCACCGAGAAAGAGUUCAUACCUGAUUGCAAACGUCGCCCUGCUAUGAAGUACCUGCCACCAUAUGGCAGAAGUUCCAGGGCUGAAGGGGGAGAGACUCGGAGAGGCUACGCAGAGUCAUUGUUCACCUACAUGCAAGCAGGAGCCCAGCUUCUUUGUACUGUGUUGCUGAUCAAACCUGGUGUCUGGGCUCGUAGCCUUGCUAGAAUCCUCCGAAAACUAGACCUAGAAAAAUUCAGCCUUGUUGGGAUGAAACACAUAAGCCUGAAACCAGACAUUGUCUUAGGACUCCUCUCAUCUGAAGCUAAACAGGAGCCUGCAAUUUUAGAAGCUCACUGCAGCUACCUCAGCUCUGGUUCCUCCCUUGUGUUGUGCCUGCAGAGAGAGAAUGCUGUAAAGAAGCUGGUAGAUUUAUUGGGGCCAGAGGACCCUACACUGGCUCAAACACUAGACCCAUGCCUUUGGAGGGCUCAGUAUGGUGCCAGCUCAAUACAAAAUGGAUUUUACGGCUCCAGAUCCUAUCACGCUGCUGUCCGAGAUAUGAAGUUGUUUUUUCCAGAAGGGCUGUGCUGUGCCGAUUGGCGGGUGCUAAAGGAAGAAGAGAUUUGUAACAUGAAAUGUGACCCGAUAGUCAGACCGGAAAUCAGCAAGCGGCGCAGGAUUGUAAAACAUGAAACAAGAAGGCAACUCAAUUUCCUGGGCUCCAAGCAGCAGCAUAGUCUAAACCUGCCAUUGCUUGAUACACUCUGCCAAACCACUUGCCUGAUACUUCCCAGGAUAAUCCUUCGGGGUUCAGAGCGCCCGCCUUACCUUGGACUGCUAGACCAGCUGAUUGGCAGAGAUUUCACAGUGACAGGGGUACGGCUCACCGUGCUGGACAAAUCACAGGCCUACCUCAUCUCUGAGACUCUGAGCACUGAGGGGUGCAACGUUUCGACAAUGUGUUCCCUGUUGGACGGGGCAUGUCUGGUGGUAGCAGCACAGCGAGACAAUGCCGUUAUUUGCUUUGACUCCCUGCUGGACAGUGGCCGCUGGCAGAAGCAGGCUGUGCUGGACUGCAUGCAGCAUCUUCUGUAUCCCCAAACGGAGAAACAGGCUGAAGAGCUCCUCUGUUGCCUUUUUGACUCCUUAACAUCCGACAGCUUCUACCGCAUCGAAACCCAGGAUUCCUAGCCAGGAUUUUCUGUUCUCCUGACCAGCCCAAAUGCAAAUCCCAUCACGGAUAUCAGCACAGGUGCACGCCCUCAGGACUCCACUGGUAGAACAGCCUUGUAACCAUUUGUUAUUAAAAUGUCAAGCCCAGAGUGUGGUAUUUGCAUCACUAAGUUGAAGUAGGGGGUGAUCAGAGAAAUAAUCAAUCAACAUUGGAGCCGUGGUUUCG